GGGCAAUUUAAAGAAUCACUACCCAGCCAGGCAGAAGUUGUCGGGGCCACAAAAUGGUGUGUAUUCCGGCAAACAGAAUUGUCGCGUUCUGUGGUGGAGAACGCGGUUCGGGAGCGUAUGACACGCAUGCGCACGACCACUGUGGACUUGUUGCAGUUUCACUGGCAAGAUUACUCCGACAAAGGAUAUCUCACCGCCCUCCAAAUUCUUCAAGACCUUCAGAAUGAAGGGCUCAUCAGCGCGGUCGGCCUGUGCAAUUUUGAUGCCAUACGAACAGAUGAAAUAUGUACACAAUUGGGGCCUGGUUUCAUCGUUUCAAAUCAAGUUCAGUUCUCCUUAAUUGACACUCGGCCCCUGCACGGGAUGGCAGAUGUAUGUGAACGACACAACGUGAAAUUAUUAACAUAUGGCACGCUUUGCGGUGGAUUUUUGGCAGAUCAGUGGUUGAAUCAGCCAGAACCAGACCUCUAUUCCGGUGUUUUGACGCCAUCUCAGCGCAAGUAUCUCGAUAUGAUUUUGAAGGCCUGGGGAAGCUGGGCACUUUUCCAGUCCCUCCUGGCAGUGCUGCGUGAUAUCGGUGAUCGUCAUGGGGGGCUAAGCAUUGCAAACAUAGCCACACGAUGGGUCCUUGAUCACUCUUUUGUCGGAGCUGUAAUCAUUGGCGCCCGUUUGGGAGUUUCUGAACACAUUGACGACAAUAACCGUGUUUUUGGUUUCAGGUUGACUGACGAGGACAAUCAUGCCAUUGAAGCGGUACAAGCUCGGUCAAAUGGCCGCCGGAUGAUCACCUUGAUAGGGGACUGUGGGGCCGAAUACCGCUAGUUGAACAUGGCUGUACACUAUUAUCUUUCUGUACAGCUAUUCAUCUUGUGAUUGUGGUGUAUCUUUAAUAAGAACUAGAACAUUAGAUCUGUGCGCACAUCUUCGCGAUCAAAUCAUUAACGUGCCAGAGAUAUUAUACUAUUGUCAGAACGAAGAUCUGUAUCAUUGUAGGGUCCGAAGUUUGAUGCCAUGCCCAGCCUUCAGUCAUGAACGUUUUUCCAUGUGAUUUUUCAACCCUCAACCUUAUGAUCUUAUCGCUGUGAACACCAACAUCGCGAGCCACAUCGGUUCUGUACGCCGUCUUUGCUGUGUUGUUUAGCGUGUAAGAUCCGGAACUCGUGGAACUUCAUCCGUACUUUGUGGGCUUCGGAGCUUACUUUUUUU